AUGUCUUCCACCGAUAAGACGAUCGUCGCAGACGGCCACUUGUCAAAACAGAUUGCUGUGGUAGUAUGCAGCCAACGCACACCCAGGGUUGGUCUUCAAAUUGGGACAUUCGUGUUCGACACCCUUAAACAGUACCACAGCAGCCACCCGUUUCCGGUACCAUAUGAACUAGUGCUCGUCGACAUGCUCAACCAUUCACUCCCAAUGUUUGAUGAACCUGGCAUUCCAUCUCAGAUUCGCUCUUCGUCAGACUACACGCAUGCACACACUCGAGCCUGGUCCGAACUGAUCAGCAGCUUUGGAGGGUUCGUCUUUGUCACGCCGCAGUAUAACUGGGGGUAUCCUGCCAGCAUCAAAAAUGCGAUUGACUAUCUUUACCACGAGUGGGCAGGCAAGCCAGCCAUGGUCGUCAGUUACGGUGGUCAUGGAGGAGGCAAGGCUGCAGCGCAGCUGAAGCAAGUUCUUCAGGGAGUUCGGAUGAUGGUUGUGCCAGAUCAUGUGGAGUUAGCAUUCCCCAAUCGGGAGGUCUUGGUCAGAGCCACCACCGGUGCCGAUCUGGAAUUGAAUGGGGCCGACGAGGGCAGACCCGAGGGCACUAUAUGGGUAAAGGAGAAGCAGGAAGUGACUAAGGUAUUUGCAGAAUUGCUUGUGCUGCUGGCUGGAACAGCCGCUCAAAGAUGUUGA